AUGUUCGCCUCGACGUCCAGACGCGCGCUGCGACGGGGGUGCGUCGGACCCGUCGCCGCGCUCGCGACGGGCGCGUCGGCGGCGUCGACGGCGGCGGUGUCCACGGCGUCGAUGGCGUCGGCGUCGUCGAUGGCAUCGGCGUCGGCGCGCGCGUCGGUGGACGCGCGCGGUGGACGCUCGUGGACGAACGGUGCGCGCGGGGGGGGUCGAUCGCGACGAUCGCGCGAUGGGUUCGCGCGCGCGUACUCGGGGACGUCGGCGUCGUCGGCGUACGAGAUCAUCGAUCACGAGUACGACGCCCUCGUCGUCGGCGCGGGCGGCGCCGGUUUGCGGGCGGCGAUCGGUCUGGGUGAGCACGGGUUCAAGACGGCGUGCGUCACGAAGUUGUUUCCGACGCGAUCGCACACGGUGGCGGCGCAGGGUGGGAUCAACGCCGCGCUCGGGAACAUGACGGAGGACGAUUGGAGAUGGCACGCCUACGACACGGUGAAGGGAGCGGAUUGGCUCGGCGAUCAAGACGCGAUUCAGUACAUGUGUCGAGAGGCGCCGAAGGCUGUGAUCGAGCUCGAAAAGUACGGGAUGCCCUUCUCGAGAACGGACGACGGGAGGAUUUAUCAGCGCGCGUUUGGUGGGCAAUCGCUCGAUUUCGGCAAGGGUGGGCAGGCGUAUCGAUGCGCGGCGGCGGCGGACCGCACCGGGCACGCCAUGUUGCACACGCUGUACGGCGCCGCGUUGAAGCACGACGUGCAAUUCUUCGUGGAAUACUUCGCGUUGGAUCUCAUCAUGGACAAGGGUGAGUGCGUGGGUGUCAUGGCGCUUUGCCUGGAGGACGGAACGUUACACAGAUUCCGCUCGCAUCAGACAAUUUUAGCCACGGGCGGGUACGGUCGAGCGUACUUUAGCGCGACGUCGGCGCACACGUGCACGGGAGAUGGUAACGCCAUGGUCGCUCGUGCCGGUCUACCCCUGCAGGACCAAGAGUUCGUGCAGUUCCACCCAACUGGCAUUUACGGCGCCGGCUGUCUCAUCACCGAGGGUUCGCGCGGUGAGGGCGGCAUCCUGCGUAACUCUGAGGGAGAACGCUUCAUGGAGCGUUAUGCUCCGAGCGCCAAGGAUCUCGCGAGUCGAGACGUCGUGUCUCGCGCAAUGACGAUGGAGAUUCGUGAGGGACGAGGCGUGGGUAAGGAGAAAGAUCACAUCUACUUGCACUUGAACCACCUGCCUCCGGAGCUUCUGGCUGAACGUUUGCCGGGCAUCUCCGAGACGGCGGCGAUUUUCGCCGGUGUCGACGUCACCAAGGAGCCGAUCCCGGUGAUUCCGACGGUGCACUACAACAUGGGUGGUAUUCCGACGAAUUACAAGGGCGAGGUCGUCGCGCCGAAGAAUGGUGACAUGGACGCCAUCGUCCCCGGUCUCAUGGCUGCCGGCGAAGCUGCGUGCGCGAGCGUGCACGGCGCCAACCGCCUCGGCGCCAACUCGUUACUCGACAUCGUCGUCUUCGGUCGCGCGUGCGCGAACACGGUCUCCGAGAAACUCAAGCCGGGAACGCCGCACCGCCAGAUUGCCGCCGACGCUGGGUCGAACGCGGUCGAACGUUUGGACAAAAUUCGCAACUCCAAGGGCUCGGCGCCGACGGCGAUGCUGCGCAGAACCAUGCAAAAGGUGAUGCAAGAUGAUGCCGCCGUGUUUAGGACUCAGGAAAGCCUCGCGAACGGGUGCAAGCGCAUCGAUGACGUCGCCGCGCAGUUGGACAACCUCAAGCUCACCGAUCGAUCGCUUGUUUGGAACACCGAUCUCGUCGAGGCGCUCGAGUUGCACAACCUCAUGCCAAACGCGCAGACGACGAUGCACUCCGCCGAGCAGCGCAAGGAGAGUCGAGGCGCGCACGCUCGCGAAGAUUUUCCUGACCGUCUCGACGAUACGUGGAUGAAGCACACCCUCGCUUACGUCGAAAACGGCAAGGUGAAGAUCGACUACCGACCCAACCACCACUACACGCUCGACGACGAGAUGGAAGUCAUUCCGCCAAAGGCGCGCGUGUAUUAA